AUUUUUUUUUAAUGUCAUUCUAUUGCAAUUAUUCACAUGUCCUUCUUUAUCUCAUAAGUUUUUCCUUGCAGAAAGGUUUCUUACCCUUGACUUGUUUUCCAUUGAGAGAGAAAAAUGGCUGCAACUUUGGUAGGAAGUGCAUUUCUCUCAGCGUCUGUUCAAACCAUAAUGGAAAAACUAACUUCAUCGGAGUUUAGAGAUUUCAUAAUCAACAAAAAGCUGAACGUCUCACUUUUGAGGCAGCUAGAGAUAACACUACUCACUCUUCAUGCUGUGCUUGAUGAUGCGGAGAAAAAGCAGAUCAACAACCUUGCUGUCAAACAAUGGCUUGAUGAGUUGAAAGAUGCAAUCUUUGAUGCAGAAGAUUUGAUCAACCAAAUCAGUUAUGAUUCCCUUAGAUGCAAGGUGGAGAGUAGUAAUAAUACACAGGCUGAAAACAUCACUGGUCAGGUUUGGAACUUUCUUUCAUCUCCUUUUCAAAACUUUUAUGGAGACAUCAAUUUUGAAAUGAGGAAUAUCAGUGAAAGGCUCCAACUUUUUUCGCAACAGAAAGAUAUACUUGGAUUGCAGACUGUAAGUGGCAGGGUUUUUCUUAGAACACCAUCAAGUUCAUUAGUAGAUCAAUCUUUUAUGGUUGGUAGGAAGAAAGAUAAAGAGAAACUAAUUAAUAUGUUGAUGUCUGAUGGUGAUAAUGUUGGGGUUGUCCCGAUUUUUGGUAUGGGAGGUGUUGGUAAAACAACCCUCGCUCAACUUGUUUACAAUGAUAAAGAAGUUCAAGGACACUUUGAUGUAAAAGCUUGGGUUUGUGUGUCGGAGGAGUUUGAUGUUUUGAGAGUAUCUAGAACUCUGCUUGAAUAUAUCACUUCGAGUGUUUGGGAAAGUGAUAAUCUUGAUUUUCUUCGAGUCAAUUUAAAGCAAAACUUGAAAGGCAGGAGAUUUUUGUUUGUGUUGGAUGACAUGUGGAAUGAUAGCUAUAGUGAUUGGCAUGAGUUAGUGACUCCUUUCAUUGAUGGAAAAUCUGGAAGUAGGGUGAUUAUCACAACACGUCAACAAAAAGUUGCUGAGAUUGCACACACAUUUCCUAUAUAUAAACUAGAACCUCUAUCAUAUGAAGAUUGUUGGUCUUUACUCUCAAAACAUGCAUUUGGAAGUGAAGACUUUCGUGGCCGUAAAUACCCAAGCCUAGAAACAAUUGGAAGAAAGAUUGCCAAAAAGUGUUGCGGAUUGCCAAUAGCUGCAAAAACACUUGGAGGACUUCUACACUCAAAAGUAGAUGCAAAAGAGUGGAGUUCAAUUUUAAAUAGUGACAUAUGGAAUUUGCCAAAUGAUAGUGUUAUCCCUGCCUUGCGUUUGAGCUAUCAAUAUCUUCCUUCUCAUUUGAAAAGAUGUUUUGCGUACUGUUCAAUUUUUCCUAAGGAUUAUGCUCUUGAUAGGAAGCAGAUGGUUUUGUUAUGGAUGGCGGAAGGCUUCCUUGAACAUUAUCAAGGAAAAAAAGCAAUAGAGGAAGUAGGUGAUGACUACUUUGUUGAAUUGUUAUCUAGAUCUUUAAUUCAACAAUCAAAUGAUGAUUUUGGAAGACAACGGUUUUUCAUGCAUGAUCUUGUUAAUGAUUUAGCUACAAUUGUAUCUGGAAAAAGUUGUUGCAGGCAUGAACAUGGAGGUAGUAACAUCUCUGUAAAUGUCCGGCAUUUGUCAUAUAACCAAGAGGAGUAUGACAUUUUCAAGAAGUUUGAGAAUUUCUAUGAUUUCAAAUGCUUGCGAAGCUUUCUUCCCAUUGGCCUCUGGUGGCGACAGUGUUACUUAUCAAAAAAGGUGGUUGAUGAUUUGAUACCCACACUUAGAAGGCUACGUGUGUUAUCGUUAUCUGGUUAUAGAAACAUCACUGUGCUACCAGACUCACUUGGCAGUUUGGUGCAGUUGCGCUAUCUUGAUCUAUCCAACACUAGGAUCGAAAGCUUGCCUGAUACAACAUGUAACCUUUGCAAUUUGCAAACAUUGAUUUUAUCAUAUUGCUAUCAUCUCGCUGAAUUGCCGUUACAUAUUGGAAAGUUAGUUAAUUUACGUCACCUAAAUAUUAGUUGGACGAUCAUAAAGGAGAUGCCGAUGGACAUUCUCGCACUAGAAAACCUUCAGAUUUUAACAACUUUUGUAGCAGGAAAGCAGGAAGAUGGGUUAAGUGUGAGAGAGCUAGGUAAGUUUCCUAACCUCCAUGGAAAACUUUGCAUCCAGAAGCUGCAUAAUAUCAUUGAUGUUGCUGAGGCAUGUGAUGCCAACUUGAAGAGCAAAGAAAAUGUCGAGGAGUUAGUGCUACAAUGGGGCGAACUAACAGAAGAUUCACAAAAUGCAAAAGCUGUGCUUGAUGCAAUGCAACCAUCAAUAAACUUGAAGAAGCUGAGCAUUGAUUUCUAUGGAGGUACAAGUCUUCCAUGUUGGUUGGAAGAUUCAUCGUUUUCUAAUAUGGUGACCCUUCUCAUCAGUAAUUGUGUAUAUUGCAUAUCACUUCCAUCACUAGGGCAGCUACCUUGUCUCAAGGACCUGACUAUUAGAGGCAUGACAUUGGAGACAAUUGGUGCAGAGUUUUAUGGCAUGGUGGGAGGAAGUUUUGGUUCUUCAUUCCAACCAUUUCCUUCCUUAGAGAUUUUGCGAUUUCAGAACAUGUCAAAUUGGAAGGAGUGGUUUCCCUUUGUUAGCAACAAAGUUCCUUUUCCUCGUCUUAAAUCUCUCAUGUUAUUCCAGUGUCCUAAACUGAGGGGAUACUUUCCUAACCAUCUUUUUUCCAUAGAACAAAUUGGAAUAUAUGGUUGUGAUCUUCUCUUGGCAACACCACCUACUCUACAUUGGAUCUCAUCAAUAAAAAUAAUUACAAUUGAGGGAGAUUUAGAAUCUGAAACGUCUGCUGAAACCAUCCAAUGGUCGUUCCUUGAGACUGAUUCUCCAUGUCAGCUGCAGCGUGCAUCUGUCCGUUGUUGUGAUACACUUCUUUCUCUACCUAAAAUGAUUCUACGUAGCAGUUGUCUCCAACACUUGGAACUUUAUAAUAUUUCAUAUCUCAUUGCUUUUCCAGCAGAUUGUCUACCAACAUCAUUGCAAUUACUCAGAAUUAUUGACUGUGAGACUUUAACUUUUUUGCCUCCAACUAUGUGGAAGAAUUACACAUCCCUUAUGACAUUAGAGUUAGGGAAUAGCUGUAAUUCACUUACCUCUUUUCCAUUGGAUGGUUUCCCUGCACUGCAAAGUCUUUCCAUUGAUGGUUGUAGGAAUCUGGAAUCCAUUUUUAUUUCAGAUAGUUCUUCCCUCGCAACUCUCGAAUGUCUGACUCUCGUAGAUCUUCCAAAACUAAAGUUAUCAUUUGGUGAAGGAGCUGGCCUACCUCCCAGUUUAAGAUCAUUUCAUAUUAAAUCUGUCAGAAUAACGUCGGUGAUUAAAUGGGGUCUCCAACUUCUAACUGUUCUUUCAGAUUUGGAUAUUGGAGGUGAUGAUACUGUUAACACUUUGCUGAAGAAGAAGUUGCUUCCUAUUUCCUUAGUGUCUUUGACAAUCGCUAAUCUCUCUGAAAUGAAAUCGUUUGAAAGAAAUAUGUUUCAACAUCUCUCCUCUUUGGAAAGCCUUCACUUUCUACACUGUCCAGGGCUUGAAUCUCUGCCAGAGAAGAAUACAUUGCCUUCAUCUCUUAAGUUACUGAGCAUCAGAAAAUGCCCUCUGUUAGAAGCAAAGUAUGAAAAUCAGAGAGUGAAACAUUGGUCCAGUAUUGCUCAUAUCCCUGUCAUAAAAAUAAAUGGUCAAGUCAUAAUAUGAGCAAUCGAAAGUUAAAGAAGCAUAGAUACCCUUUUCUUUUAUAUCACUGGAUAAUGAUAGUUUGUUUAAUUAUGUGUGCAUUUGUAUAUGUAAUCAUCUUGGAGAUACAUAAUAUUGUUUGUAUAUUGAUGAUGACACAUAUGUAUUAUGAUAAGUGAUUAUGGUUUUUCA